UUAUCAUUAAAAACGAAUGGCUAAAGACUACUUUUCAUCCUCUGUUCUGCUUAUUCUCUUUAUCUUCUUCUACAGUCAGCGUACUGAUUCUGCCUCCAUUGUCGAGUUUCUUCCUGGUUUUGAUGGUCGUCUUCCCUUUGAGCUCGAAACCGGGUUUUGUUCCUUUCUCCUUCCUCCUUCCUCCUUCCUAAUGUAUAUUGGUGUUGGCGAGGAAGAGGAAGUGCAACUGUUUUACUAUUUCAUCAAGUCUGAGAGGAUUCCAGAAGAAGAUCCCAUUCUUCUGUGGUUAAGUGGAGGACCUGGCUGCUCUUCUAUCUCUGGUCUUUUCUAUGAGAAUGGGCCUGUAACUGUGAAGCUUGAGGUUUACAAUGGAACUAUUCCUUCCUUGGUUUCUACACCAUAUUCAUGGACUAAGGUUUCGAGUAUAAUAUAUUUGGAUCAGCCUGUUGGAACUGGCUUCUCCUACUCAAGAACUCAACGUGUUAAUAAACCUAGUGAUUCAGGAGAAGCCAAGAGGAUCCAUGAGUUUCUUCACAAGUGGCUAGGCAAGCAUCAAGAGUUCUCCUCCAACCCUUUCUAUGUUGGUGGAGAUUCUUAUUCCGGUAAGAUCAUCCCGGCACUCGUUCAAGAAAUCUCUAAAGGAAAUUAUUUAUGUUGCAAGCCUCCAAUAAAUCUUCAGGGCUAUGUUCUUGGAAACCCAUACACAGAAAGUGAAUUUGAGAGAAAUUAUCGCAUUCCAUAUGCUCAUGGAAUGGCACUGAUCUCAGAUGAACUUUAUGAGUCAAUGAAGAGAAUCUGCAAAGGAGACUAUAUAAAUAUGGAUCCACGUAACAGAGAAUGCUUGAAACUCGUAGAAGAAUAUGAAAAGUGCAUUGCUAGAAUAAACCCACUACUUAUAACAACACCAGUGUGUGAAGAGUGUGAAGAGACAUCUCCGGAUUGCUAUGAGUAUCGGUAUAUGUUAACAACGAAAUGGGCCAAUUAUGAGAGUGUGCACAGAGCUCUUCAUGUCAAUAAGGGGAGUAUAGGGGAAUGGGUACGUUGUCAUUGGGGCAUACCUUACACUCGUGACAUUAAAAGCAGUAUACCGUACCAUAUGAAUAACAGCAUCGAUGGCUAUCCUUCUCUUAUCUUCAAUGGUGAUCACGACAUGGCAGUGCCGUUCCUUGGAACUCAAGCUUGGAUUAGGUCUCUUAAUUAUUCUCUCAUUGAUGACUGGAGACCUUGGAUGAUAGGUGAUCAAACCGCGGGAUACACGAGGACUUAUGCCAAUAAGAUGACAUUUGCUACAGUCAAAGGAGGAGGACACACGCCAGAGUAUAAACCAGAGGAGACUUAUAUCAUGUUCCAAAGGUGGAUUAGAGGUCAGCCUUUGUAACAUGAUCAAGACAGAGUUGCAUGUUAGCCAGAAAGCAAUUCUACAUUUCUCGUUUUCUCAAUCACAUAUUUAAGUAGCUGGACACUACCGAUUUUAAUUGUUUUUGAUGGGUGCUCUUAGUAGUUUAUGCCAAUAAGAUAACAUUUGUGAUGAAUGAUACGGAAAUUCACAGUUAUCUUCUUCUUCGUCAUAGAAGAGAAUCAUUAAUUUGUACAAAUGACUCAUUCCAUGGGUUUGCAUC